GGCCCCCCGUCUGCCCUCCUCCUGCAGCCUCGGAUUUCUCUUUCAUCUCCAGGCAGCUGUGCAAAAGCAUCCUUAGUGUGGAAACUGGCAGGCAGCAGCUGCCAGGCAGGUACCAGCACUGGUUUGUGCCACUUCCAUGCUCUUCGUCUCUUCCAGAGGAUGGGCUCUGGCCUCUGAGCAACCUGUGCUCUUUAGAACCGCUCCUCUCCCAGGAAUUUCUGAAGAAGGGGAAAGAAGAAGAAGAGUGAUUCGAAGGGGGAGAAACAGAGCAAGGGGUGAGGAUGGAAAAGGAGAACAAGGCGUCCACCCAGUAUGGAUCCCUGGAGUCAACCAAGUGGCAAGGAGCAGAAACAGGCAAAGGAGAUGAAAUUGUGUCCAUGGCUGAUUCCACUACUACCAUUGAUGACAUUGAAGGGGAACUUUUCAAAAUUGAAAGGAUCCGUGACGUCCUGGUGCGGAGGGAGUCAGAACUGAGAUACAUGAUGGAUGACAUCCAGCUUUGUAAGGAAAUCAGCAGGUUGAAAAAGGAAUUGCAGAAGCUGAUUGCAUUGCCAGAGAAUAAAAAAUCAAAAGAAGAGAAGAAACAAGAGGAGGAAUUAGUGCAGCAAAUUCACAAACUUGUAGAGACCCGUGAUUUCCUUGUGGAUGACGUGGAGUUUGAAAGGCUCAGAGAACGAGAAGAAGACAAGGAAAUGGCUGAAUUUUUGAAGAGCAAACUUUCUAAAACCUGCCUUCCAAAAGCAACUCCUGCAAAAGAAAAGAAGAUGAUGUCAAAAGGACAGCAAACCUCUACACCGUAUGUAACAAAGACAGGCCUCACCCUCUUGAAGGAGUGCUGUGGCUUUACCUGCUCGGUCAUGUAGGCUGGGGCUGGUGUCUACAUCCCUCUUUUCAAUACAAGGCACAUUCAUGGGUCAGCCCUGCCCACCUUCUGGUCAACUGGAUUCAUCAGAUCAUAGCAGAUUCACAGAGCAGAGACAAGGGAUUCAUUUUGCAGACUACAUGAAAAUUAGAAGCCCAUGUGGAAACCACCUGGUGCCCCAAGAGAUGAAUGCCCACUCCCUGCCUUUACAAUCCACAUGGCUUCGGGUAAGAAAAAAAAUGAGAGAGAUCACUAGACUACAGACAAAGUUCUGAGACUGCUGCCUUUCCCAGGGCAGUUCAAUGGGGACCCCCAUCCAGAAUGCUGUCUGCAAGUAGGCUACUGGGAAGAUUUAGAGGAAUGGGAGUAAAAUAUUAGUGUCCAAGAUCUUUCCCUCCCUCCUUCCCAUUCUCUCCACAUUGCUGGUGGAUUAAAUCUUUCUCUUAUUUCCAGACAAUCUGAUAGCAGGGAGAAUCAGCAGAACUAUCUUCAGUCUUACUGCCCAUUAAUGGAGAAUGUUGCACUUCCUAAUUCCUCCCUUCAUUAGCAGGUGACAUACAAGCCGACACACUCCUGGAAAGUUACCUAGCAACUGUGGGGCUCUCUCACUGUACCGUAUCAUCUGCACAAAGCUUGCUUCCAUGUGCAAAAUGUCAGCAACUUACUUAGUGAAUGCAUUCUUCUUAGAUUCCCACCCAGCAGUGAGCCUGUUCAAAGAUCAAACCUUCAUUCUUGUUCUGUUUACUACAAAGAUAGGUGGCAAAUCAAGGGCUGUUUCGCAUCUGAAGGUUUUCCUACCCAGGUGGAAAUGGACGAAAGGAGUCUACAUGUACAUUGUCAUGUGUGAAUGCACAUUGUUAUGCUUUGCUUGCUAUGUGAGAAUUAUGCUACUGAGGCAAAAUAGACACCUGUAUGAUCUUGAUGUGCAAUGAAAAUCUUAUAGAAGCAGGGCUGACCCAUGAAACUUUGCUGCCUGAAGUGGAGCAACAGCAAAUGUGUGCACAAAUGCACUGCCAUGUAAAUCCAUUUAUUGCAGCAUAAGAGGCCAAAAAUGUCACAAGCAUAUCUUUCUAUUUUCCCAGAAACAAAACAUACAGCAAUGACAUAUGAAUAACGAACACAUUACUGCCUUUAUUACAAUAUUCAGAUUCUGCCCAGUGGUAGGACCUGGCUUCCUACAUACAAAGGAAAGAGCAAAUAUUAAGGACUGACAAUAAAUGAUGCAUUAUUUAACCUCAAA